AAAAGCAUCCUAGCAUGCUAUGCUAUGGACCAAACAAUUACCUAAACAUGUGGCAGCUUAUGGUUUGCUUGGGUUCACCUUUCAAUGUGGGGACAGAUAAGUUUGGAUACAAAGUUGCGGUGGUGAUUGAACAGGCAUCAGUUUUGCCAGGUGCGCUGCAAGUAGCUCAAGAGAUAUAUAUGACGAAGGACAUGAACCUGAAGAUCAAUCAUGAUUGUCAAGCUGUAAGCAACGGUGCUGCAGCUUCUAAUACCGACACCGUCGCGAGCUCCAGAGUUUCAUCUCUCCUGGCCUCCAAAGAUCGUGACUUUCUUCUUUCUCCAACUGGAAAUCAGGUGAAAGUUUGUGAUCUCGAGGGGAAGAUCAUAGGGCUCUACUUCUCAGCCAACUGGUACCCGCCAUGCUGGAACUUCAACCAAGUCCUGGUUGGCAUCUAUGAGCAGCUCAAGAGUAGUGGGUCUAAUUUUGAGAUUGUGUACGUCUCGUCUGAUGAAGACGCGGAUGCCUUUAACAUCUACCAUGCAUGCAUGCCAUGGUUGGCCAUUCCCUUUUCUGAUUUGGACACCAAGAAAGCUUUGAACCGUAGGUUUGACAUAGAAGGCAUCCCCAGCUUGGUUAUUUUACAUCCUAACGAUAAUAAAGACGAGGCUACGCUGCGCGAUGGAGUUGAACUUAUUUACCGCUACGGGGUGGAAGCCUUCCCUUUUACAAAACAAAGGUUGGAAGAAUUGCAAGAUGAGGAGAGGGCGAGGCAUGAGAACCAAACUUUGACAAAUUUACUAACAAACCACGACAGAGACAAUCUUUUGGGUCACCCCACGCCUGAACAGGUGCCUGUUGCUUCAUUAGUAGGCAAAACGAUUGGACUCUACUUCUCAGCUCAUUGGUGCCGUCCAUGCGUUAAUUUUACUCCUAGGCUGAUCUCCAUCCACCAGAAGAUUAAGGAGCAAAUGCUGGUAGAUGGGGAUCAAGACGGAGAGGACUUCGAGAUAGUAUUUGUGUCCAGUGAUCGUGACCAAGCAUCGUUCGACUCCUACUUCGACACCAUGCCAUGGCUAGCGUUGCCUUUUGGAGAUCCAAACGUCAAACAACUUGUCAAGCAUUUUGAUGUCAAAGGUAUCCCUUGUUUGGUAAUUUUAGGGCCUGACGGUAAAACCGUGACCAAGCAGGGUAGAAAUCUCAUCAACUUGUACCAAGAAAACGCCUAUCCCUUCACCGAGGUAAAAUUGGAACUGCUGGAGAAAAAAAUGGAUGAGGAGGCUAAGAGCCUCCCUAGGUCGGUGUACCAUGGAGGGCACCGGCACGAGCUUAACUUGGUAUCGGAAGGCAACGGAGGAGGACCCUUUAUAUGCUGUGACUGUGAUGAACAAGGAUCAGGUUGGGCUUACCAAUGUCUUGAAUGUGGAUAUGAGGUGCACCCCAAAUGUGUGACUCUGACUGUUGCAGCCAGUAGCAAUAGGUGAUUCAGUAAAGCGUUGUGUGUGCGUGCCUUUGUGCUAAUGCUACUAAUUAAACUUGAGCUGUAUUAUAUAAUUUCUGAUAUUCGUUUGUUAAUUAAGAUUUGAGAUUGGGAUUCCCUAUGAAUCAUUUAUAUAUGUAAUGUGGUUCUCAUUUCUCAAGUAAUUAAUUGGCACUGAAAUUCUUGGGUGUGAUCA